CGCGCGCGUCAACCAGUCUCUCUGCGGCCGUUGUGCAAAUAAGUGUUAAGAUUUACUCGUAGGCAAAAUGUGCGGGGAAAUGGGCAAGGCGGUUCUGCGGGCGCUGACCGGCGCGCUGCUCUGUGGGCUCGUGUCGGACGCUGCAUAUUUGCAGAGUUACGAGCAGUACCCUAUCCGUUAUGAGCAAGCUGUAUACCGCAAGCCCCUUCGCGAACACGAGAAGCCGCAAGACUUGCGCAACGUGCCGGGAAUCCCCGGCGUGGACUACCCUAUCUACCAUGCAGUUCCUGAGACUGGCUUCUCUUGUGCUCAUGUGCCUGUACACCCUGGAAUGUACGCAAAUGUAGAGACUGGAUGUCAGGCGUACCACGUGUGCCACGACGGGCGAGAAGGCCACCAAGGAGCGUCUUUCCUUUGCACUAACGGUACCCUGUUCGACCAGGAGAAGUUCGCCUGCGACUGGUGGUACAACGUCGACUGUGGCCAGGCUAUAGCACAUUACAAAUUAAAUGCAGACCCUCGUAAAAACCCUUACGUACCAAAACCAAAACAUGAAGACGAAUUAGAACACGAAGGACCUCACGGCAUUCCCUAUAAAAGGAUUUAUCAUUAAAUUUAUACUGUCAUUUACAUUCCUAUUACAUCGUUCUACAUUUUGGAAUCCUCAAAAAAAUGUUACGGAUGAAUUAAACUCCUUAAUGAUAGUAUAUCUUGUGCAAAAUAUUAUUGUACCUGUAAUCAUUUUCAUGUUCUUAUCCUAGGCUUAUCCCUAUUAGGUAAUAAAGGUGCUCAUAAAGGAGUUCAAUGUUUGACGAAUUGGCUCACACACUAGUUUUUAACAAAAAUAUUGUUAUCUGACUGCAAAAUUAAUACUACCUACUAUUACUACUGCUAGUACUAUUGUCAUUAAUUGUAUCAAAAAUGUUUUAUCAUAAUGUCAUUGUAAGAUUAGUAGUUAAGUAGUAAGUUUAGGAUUUUAAGAUUAUCAUUCUCAUGGUUAUUUAUUUGCUUUGCCUUUUGAAUUGUGAUUACAAUUAUGUCUAAAUAGGAAAUAUAAAUCACUUUUCUUAAUAAAUCUAUGCCUUAACCUUAUCUUUUAAUCUACUCUGUCUUAAUGGUUGUUGAUUUCGGAAAACUUUAUUUUUGUAUCGUAUUUUACAGAUGGAAAUAAAAGGCGUUUCCAGUUUA